AUGGAUGAGAAAACAGGAAAAAGAGAGACGAUUAUUCUCUCCUCUUCCUCUGAAGAAGAAAACUCCGAUGACGAUUCCGAACAACAGUUCAGCGAUUCCGAUGAACCGUCUGAAUCAGAUGACACUGAUAUUGACGACGACGAUGGCAACGAAGAAGAAGAAGAUCGUGACGAAUCUCCCGGAUCGGAUGAUUGUGAUGUUGAUGACGAAUCCCUCUCCGAAAAAGUUGUUUCUCUCCUUCAAGAUGGAAAGGAUAUAGACUCGCUGAAAUUAAACGAAUGCAAAGCUUAUUUACGGAAACAUGGCUUGAGGCUUGCGGGAAAUAGAGCAGUUUCUAUUGCCAGGAUUAAAGAACAUUGGAGGUUAAGAGACGGAAGUGGGUACACAUUGUAUCCAAGAUCAUCCUUCAACAUUAAUUGUACAGGUGAUGUCUGCACGGGAGAUGUGGUUCUGUUUAGGCAAAAGGUUUAUGAAAAGUUUAGCAAAAUGACUAGACAUGGAAGAGUUAUAGGAAACAGAACUGUUGCUGGAAGGGUUGUAAAGGAAAGCUAUGGUGCAGCGAAACAGCAACAUACCUUCACUAGUGCAAUUGCUCUAUUGGCUGGUGAAGUUGAGGUGUUGUGGAGUAGUGGGGCUAGGAAAUUACCUCCACUUUCUCCUUUGCUUGUAAAGGGCCGCAAUCUCUAUAAACAGAAAACUUACAGACAGAGAUGGAAAAACGAAGCUGAUAGGGUCAAAGUGCUAUCUGAGAAGCACAGACGCGGUGCAGAAGCAAGGUUUGUAAGAGCAUUGAAGCAGAAAAAGAAAAGCUGUUAUGCAAAUGGAUCUAAGGGUUCUAAGCGGAAGCAUGAAGCCCAUAAUACCAAACGAUCUAAAAAAGGAAGAUCACGUGAUCUAAACAAGGUUAAGCACUUUGAUGGCUCCAAAAGAGCAAACGAGUAUCAAAGUCAAGAGGCCACGUCAUCAACACAGGCAACAUGGAAUGAGAGUGCAUCCUCAAGAGCCUUCAGACCUGCAAGGGGAAGAGUACACAACUCUGCUAAAUUUGACCGCUACGAAGCCCCAGCCUAUCCAUUACAGGCUAGUAGUCGACAAAUUCCAUAUCAAUAUCAAGUAAAUUCUCGAAGCCAAAAUGGAUCAAACGAAUUAGCUUAUCAUGAAAGAGGUCCAGUUCCAAAUAUGAGAGGAUUCCCCCCUUUCAGGCCUGGUGCUAGUGAAUUCACAUAUCACGGAAGAGGCCUGGUUCCAAAUAUGAGAGGAUUCCCACCUUUCAGGCCUGGUGUUAGUGAAUUCACAUCUAGAGCGAAUGUACCUAGUGAUAGUUUUCAUGCCCACUUGAACCGGUACAACUUUGAUAUGAACAAUUUGAACAGAACAUAUUGA